AUGCCAGCAAAGUCGCAGCGCGCGCCCGUGGUCGAGGUGGUCGACGACAAGGCGCUGUCCUACACGCCGGGCACGCUCAAGGACAUCCGUCAGUCAAAGUACCUCAUCGACCUGGGCGGUGGCGAUCAGUGGGUCGACUGGCAGCGAGUCAGAGAGGCGGCGCCGCCGUGCACCGAGUUUAUCCCGCAACCGGACUCGAUCAUCGAGGUUCGCAAGGCGGGGGCGGAGGAGGUCUGGUUCGAGGCCAAGGUCAAGUCGGUCAAGGGAGGCUACACCGUCGCCGUCUUCCUCGGCAGCGGCGGUGGCGAGGAGAUAGUCGAGUGGCCACACUUCCGGCCCGCAUACUCGAGGGUGGCGCCGGCGCGCUCGCGACCGCCGUUCGUCAAGCAGGCAAACGAGCAGCGCGUCGUCUCGGACGUGGUCUCCAAGUCGAAGGUGCUCGCGUUCGAGGUGGACCGCGACGUGCACCAGAUCAAGCUGCUCGGCGCGGAGAAGGCGUGCGCGACCGCCAAGAUGCUGAUCGAGCUGCACGGCAAGCACGUCGGCGACAUGGCGCGCGUGCACUCGGAGCGCGAGCAGCUCUCCGCCAAGCUGCAGCACGAGCGCGAGCGGCUGAUUUCGUCCUUCCGGCUCGAGUUCCCCGUCGACAAGGAGCUGAUCGGGCUCGUCGUCGGCAAGGGCGGCGCGACGGCGGCCGGCGUCGACAAGGUUGAGGUGGACCCGGAUGGCCCGCGCGUGGUGAUCGUCGGGCCGUCGCAGGAGUCGAUCGAGGCGGCGCGCGAGCUGCUCGAGUUCGUCUCGCGCCGCGAGCAGAUCGGCUGGCUGAUAGGGAAGGGCGGCCGAACCUUCAAGGAGCUGCAGGAGAAGACGCAGGCGCCGCACCGCCCGUCGCUAGAGAGACAAGGCUGCGCCGUGACGCGCCUCUCGAUCGACAAGGCUGCGGGCCAGGUCGUGCUCGUCGGCACGCGCACGGCCGUCGACUCGGCCCUCGCCUACAUGGACACGCACCUCCAGUACCUCUCCGAGUUCGAGCACGAGGCGAGGGAGUCGGAGCGGCUGCGGCGCGAGCUGCGCGGCAUCACGCUGCAGGAGGAGGACGAGAUGCUCCCAGAUCGCUCGAGAUCGCUCCAGAUCACCCGAGAGGACCUGGAAUCGGCCGAGGAGGGAGGCCGCGGCGGCGCUUCCCCGGCGGCAGAGGAUCAAGGGCAGGGCCGCAGCAGUGCGUGA